UUCAGCUGCUGAAAACAUGCCCAAUUAUCGUGUUAAUCACUGGAGGGAAGAUGAGGAUCAAAAGCUAACCCAACUUGUUCAACAACAUGGUCCUCAGGACUGGAAUGCAAUUGCUCAACAUAUACAAGGACGAACUGGGAAAAGUUGCAGAUUAAGGUGGCGCAAUCAUCUUGAUCCUGGUGUUAACAGAAACCCUUUUACGAGAGAAGAAGAAGAGAGACUCCUUGCAGCUCAAGAGGUUCAUGGAGCAAAAUGGGCAACCACAGCCAAACUCUUCGAUGGGAGAACCGACAAUGCCUUGAAAAACCAUUGGCACGUUUUGAUCGCACGAAAGCGAAAGGAAGCCAACAAUGGAAGUUUGCAAGACCUAACGAUGAACGCUUCAAGUUCUUCCUCCUCUCACCAUCACACAUUGUUUGACAUCAUGAACUUCAACGCUGCACGAACCCCACUUCCACCUUCCUUCAGCCCUAUCAAUUUUGGAUCAGUGCCAUCUUUCUCAGACUCUUUUCCUGGGAAGGAAGGGAGUCAUCCUUUUGGGCUGUUGAAUCAUCGUGAUGCUGCUGCUGCUGCUGUUUCUUCUUCUUCUGGUGGAAUCAUGAUGAGAAAGGGCUUGUUUCAUAGCUCAUCAUCAGCAUUCACUAGGUUUAAGGGUUCUUCUUCCUCUGAUGAUGAUGCUGGAUUCAAGGAUGUUACUUUCUAUGAUUUUCUUGGUGUCGGUGCUGAUGAUGAUGAUGAUGAUGAGUGA